AUGCUAAGAUAUAAACUUGUAAAUACAAAUAAGCCAGGUGCGCAUAUCCAUGUUUUUAUAUAUGAUCAACAAUAUAUUUUUGAUUAUCCUUGCACUAGUAAUACUGAUUGUACUGAUUAUGAAAUUACCUUUCCACCUGGAGUUUAUAAAUUCGAACUUUAUGGUUCAUCUGGUGGUAGUAGAACGGGUCAUGUUUCAUCGUAUCGAUUUCCGAAUGGAAGCUGUAUCCCCAAUGAAAUUGUAAGCCUGGAUCGUGAAAACACACAAUGUCGAACAGAUCCUAGCAUUGGGGGUGCCGGAGGAUAUAUUUCUGGAAUUAUCCACCUGAGUAAAUCAACAAUUUCGUAUGUAACCCUCGGUGGCCAAGGAAAAGUUUCAACUAUAGUAAAUGAUUGUGGUGCUGGCACUAACUGUUUUGAUAGGAGUCGUUAUUCUCCAGGAGGAUAUGGGGGUGGAGGUAGUGCACCUCCCCAUGAUAGUGUUGGAACAGGAGGCGGCCAAACAGCCGUAAAAUUCCAACAAAACGAUGUUUGGCACAGAGUGAUCGUCGCUGGUUCUGGUGGCGGCUGUGAUAAUAAUGUCGGAAACUUUCUGGGCGAAGAUGAUGGUUCGGGAGGUUCAGGAGGCGGUUUAACUGCUCAAGGAUGGUUUGAGAAUGGAAAAUACAAGGAUUCAUAUUUAGCGAAUUCUACAUUUGGAUUUUCCUUUGGAUCUGGAGAAGCUGCUCAAUUGUCUGGUUCAUUGAACGCACAUGGCGUUCAUAAAUACUCAAUAUAUAGUGAUAAACCAGGGUCCGGAAGUGGAUGGUUUGGCGGUUUUGCAAGUCAAGAUCCAGCUUCUGGCUCAGGAGGAGGUUCAUCAUGGGCAUUAUCUAAAGAUGCAAUUAUUCCAAAAGGAAAGAUCAAUGCCACUGAUGACUUUUACUCUCUCAUUGGAAGUAGUGAAUAUGCAUUUUCAAAAUAUGAUUAUUUAUUUUCGAAUGUUAUUCAUCAAGCUGGUAUCUGGGAAGGCAAUGGUCGACUUAUCAUCAGCGUAAUUGAAUAUCAACCAUGUCGCACAUAUAAAUGCUAUUUAAAUAAUUAUUUUUUAUUUAGUAUGAAUCUAUUUUUAAUAUUGGAAUAA